AUGGCCAAUCUUUCCUACAUGGUAAGUCCGGCGCAUGAGCAGAUCACGACACCGGCUUCAGCCUUUCAAACGGAAAAUGAACUACUGUCUCAGAUCGUGUCGGGGGUGAUCCGAAGAGCUCGUCAUAAGGAGCUGGUCUAUACGGGCGUCGAACCUGCUUGGGGGUCCCAUAUCGUCAAGUCGUUGAAUGUCCAUGAGGACGAGGAAAGCGCUUGCUCUCGGUUACACUAUAACUCCGUCACCAAGGUCCUGUGGGUGCGACUCAUGCCCACGGCCAUCCACGCCUGCCAUCAACUCUGGGUACAAAACGAGAAUUACAACUGGAUGGUGUCGGGCCAAUUGACACUUGAAGAAUUGAAGAAGCUGCGCACCAAGGUGGGAAUGCCCAUUCGAACGUUCAAGCCCCCAUACGACCAAUCGUGUAAAGAACCGGACCUUUUCAUUCGUCCCGGGGCUCAGCGGCUGCCCUCCGUCGUGGUGGAAACCGGAUGGGACGAGGCCUAUUCACGUCUGCGGAAUGAUGUCGAUUUGUGGUUGCUCGGUGGGAAACCGUAUGUCAAGGUCGUGAUGUUGCUGAAAUGGACCAAAACCGCCGACUCCAAGGUUGAAGGCUCCAUCGAGGUAUACAGCCGCGACCUGACCGGUACGCCGGCCAAACGGCAAAGCGAGGUUGUUUUCCCUGCCGAGACAGAAGAAGACGCGGCGGCAAGUCUUAACCUCACCCGUGGCGAAUUGUUCGGGGAGGUCGACACCCCCGGAAAAGACCCCAACGAUGUGUUCCAGUUGAGUAUCAAAUCCUUGCGUACGGUGGCCCGCAACGCCCUUCAGAUUAUGAGACUGAGUCCGGCUUGA